GUCAGCGUGCCGCGGUUUGGUUUGGGUGCGUGGUGAAAAGUCUCGGCUUUUGGAUUUGAUUUCGGCUCCCGCACCAAUGCCCACGCUAGCUGCUGCUGUUGCUCCUCUCCUCUCCUCUCCUCUCCUCUGCUCUCCGAGUGAAACUUGCUUCUAGUACCAGCUGCGAGCUUGUUAUGUUCCGUUUCUUCCAGCUUUGGUGCUCUCUCAACUCUGAAGAAGAAGAGGUUUUCUCUGUCUAGGAGGGAGAGAUUGUGCAGCGAGGUUUCUUUCUCUCACUAGGAGGUUUGAGGUUGCUGGGAGUGGUUACGAAGCUAAUUAGGAGCUUUGCCGCUUUGGUUGAGUUUCUUGGUGAGAGGUGAGGAGAGCGUGAGCGAGCUCGCUCUCAGUCUCACGCCUUUUGUGUUGUGUUGUGGAGGAGGAGAAAGGAGGCGGUUUUUUGUUGUUUCUGUCAGCGUUUUCUCGUCAGCUGCAGUUUCUUGUCAGUUUCCAUGGAUGAGUAGCAUGAACAAGACGCGAGCAGAAAAUGGCAUCUUCAACCAGUGGAGGAACUCGAGCUCACCCAUUUGAUCCUGUUCCUUGAGCAUUCUAUCUCCCAAAGGAGCAAUCGCUUCUCCUCUUUCCAUGGAGAUGAUGGCGAGCAAGAACCCUACCAAAACCCUCCUCCUCCUGCUCCUCCUCGUCUUCUUCCUCUCGCUGGCUUGCUCCCAGCCGCUCCACUCGGAGCCCAUGUCCACCACCACCACCGCCACCCAGCCCGCGCCACCGCCUCCCCCGCCGCAAUCCAAGAUUCCCCACGCGGAGGCCGGCGGCGCCGCCCGCCUCCGCCGCAUCGUGCUCGGCGUCCUCUUCGGCUCCCUCACUGGCUUCCUCCUCUCCCUCGCCUUCCUCUACGCCAUCCGCGUCGCCAUCCUCCACGCCAAGUACGCCCCGGCAAUCGUCAGGGGCCCCGUCUCCUUCACCCCGCAGAUUUCCCCCAAGAACCUCCACUCCGCGCUCCCCUCCGCGCAGCCGCUCGCCCAUGGCCCCAACGGCAAGUAUUACAAGCUGGUUCUUGACAACGAUGUCACCGUCGCCGUCAAGCGGCUCGAGGCUAGCCGCCCUGAGGCCUCGCCGUCGUCGAUGCCCAAUGUUUCCAAGUCUGACAUGAGGAGGGUGCAGAGGCAGCUGGAGUUGCUAGCUCGGGUGAGGCACCAGAAUGUGAUGGGAUUGAAGGCGUAUGUCCGGGAAGCCGACCGGCUAUCGCUGGCGUACGAUUUCGUGCCCGGGGGCAGCCUUGAGGAUGUGAUGAAGAGGGUGAGGUCUCUGCAGGUGAACCUCAAUUGGGAUGCAAGGAACAGGAUUGCGAUUGGAGUGGCCAAGGGAUUGAGGUACUUGCAUUUUGAGUGCACCCCCCGGAUACUGCAUUGCAGCCUCAAGCCGUCGAAUGUGAUGCUAGAUGAAGAUUUCGAACCGAGAUUGGCAGAUUGCGGCGUUUCAAGGCUAAUUGCAUCAGGUUCAGCUGAUCCAGAACUGGCCAGCAGCCUUUAUUCUGCCCCAGAGUGCUACCAAAGCAGCAGAUACACAGAUAAGAGCGAUGUCUACAGUUUUGGCAUGAUCCUUGGCGUGUUGCUAACUGGGAGAGACCCAACAGAUCAUUUUUUCUCGGGAGAAACCGGGCGCGGUGGAUUAGCUAGAUGGCUUCGGCACAUGCAACAAUCUGGUGACGCAAAAGACGCACUGGAUAGUAGUGUCUUAGGAGAGGAAGGGGAAGAAGAUGAGAUGGUGAUGGCUGUUAGGGUUGCUAUCAUCUGUCUCUCAGAUUUACCAGCCGAUCGGCCAUCCAGUGAUGAACUAGUCCCCAUGCUCACCCAGCUCCACAGCUUAUGAUCUCCGUCGAACGCUUCUUCGUAAAGUACUAAUCUCUGGAUGUUCUUCAUCCAUGGCACAGUUUCUGAAUCAUGCUGGAGGGUCAAAACUCAAAACCCUGGAUGCACAAACUAGUGUAGCUUUCAGUGUAUUCCCUUGGAAGAGCCCAUGCUAAAUGGCCCACAUGGGAGGGGAGCUAACAGUUUUCAGAGGCCAAUGUAGGAAGGAAAUCUGGUAGGUCUUACUAGUUCAGUUGUCAGUUAUGUUGUGUGUUGCAGCUACAUGCUGGUGGUUGAGUGAGCCUCAUUGUCAUGUGAUGCUUCUUUGCCCUUACAUGAUUUGGAGGAGGUAGGCAAGGAAGAUGUGAAUAUUGUGGUGUCUUUGUAGAGAGAAAGCUGUCUUUUUCUUGGAUCUAUUGCAGACCUGCAGUGGUGGUGGUAUGAUGAUGUGCUUCUGCAUUGACCGAUCCAUCAAUUCUAUCAUGUACUAGCAGUACAUCGGCUCCACCCCUUGCCCAUGACUUGCUGCAGGAGUGUCGGGGUCCAAACACCAUUUUGAUGGCAUUUUUCUCUUCAGUUCACAUGCUCGCCUGUCCAACAGCAUUUUGAUGGCCAUGUAUCAUGCACAGUCACAUUUUGUGUAAAAUGUAAGGGCCUGUUUGGAGAGUUUUUGGCAGCUGCGGAUUCUGAGAAAUCAUAGUUGUAGAAUAGUUUUCCCAACUUCUCACAAUCUGAAAGUUGCUUUUCAGAAUCUAAAACUCCCCCAAAUUGGCUCUGUAAAUCUCCUUUGGCAUGGGAAAAUUUCAUUGGAAACCUAGGAGUACUCUUCCUAUGCUUAGCUUAGCAUGUCUGCAUGUGUAACUUGUGUUGUUGAGCAUGAGGAGAGGAGCCUACUACUAGUAUGUUGACAAGAA